CAUGAGCCUCUGGGCGGACAAGCACCGGCCCGGCGCCCUCGGGCGCCUCGACUAUCACCGCGAGCAGGCGGCGCAGCUCCGCAACCUGGUUCAGUGYGGGGAUUUCCCUCAUCUCCUGGUGUACGGACCGUCAGGAGCUGGAAAGAAGACUCGAAUCAUGUGUUUGCUAAGGGAGUUGUAUGGCGCGGGUGUGGAAAAGCUGAGGAUUGAGCAUCAGAGUAUAACGGCACCUUCCAAAAAGAAAAUUGAAAUUAGCACCAUUGCAAGUAACUAUCACCUUGAAGUAAACCCAAGUGAUGCAGGAAACAAUGACCGUGUAGUAAUCCAGGAGCUCUUGAAGACAGUAGCACAAUCCCAACAGCUUGAGACAAGUACCCAAAGAGAUUUUAAAGUGGUGCUGUUAACAGAAGUUGACAAGCUUACUAAAGAUGCUCAGCAUGCUUUGCGAAGAACGAUGGAAAAGUACAUGGCCACCUGCAGGCUGAUCCUGUGCUGCAACUCCAUGUCAAAAAUCAUUGCACCCAUUCAAAGCAGAUGCCUGGCCAUCCGAGUGCCUGCUCCCAGCAUAGAAGAUAUCUGCCACGUACUGUCCAGUGUGUGCAAGAAGGAAGGCCUGACUCUGCCUCAGGAACUGGCUCAGAGGCUUGCAGAGAAAUCUGGCAGGAACCUUCGGAAAGCACUGCUUAUGUGCGAGUCCUGCAGAGUACAGCAAUAUCCUUUCACUCCUGAUCAAGAUAUUCCUGAGAUGGACUGGGAAGUGUAUUUGAGAGAAACUGCAAAUGCUAUUGUCAGUCAACAGACACCGCAGAGGCUUUUAGAGAUUCGUGGACGGCUUUAUGAACUCCUAACACACUGCAUUCCUCCGGAGAUCAUAAUGAAGGGCCUCCUGUCAGAGCUUUUAAAUAACUGUGAUGGACAAUUAAAAGGAGAAGUUGCACAGAUGGCAGCCUUCUACGAACACCGACUGCAACUGGGCAGCAAAGCCAUUUAUCAUUUGGAAGCGUUUGUGGCAAAGUUUAUGGCAAUUUACAAGAAGUUUAUGGAGGAUGGGCUAGAAGACAUGAUGUUCUAGCAUUGUUGUAUAUAGUCAGCUGUGUCACGAUGCUAAUGACUUUGCUAACAACACGGCCUACUUGUCUGUGAUUGAUGCAUGUGGGCCGCAUUCAAAGUCAAAACAUUUUAUCUUGCUAUUAGUAUAAAACACAGUGAAAAGUUUGCUCAGCCUUAGAAACUAGAUGGAUUGUUUUCAAAGGCAGCAAGUUAAUCUUCAGAACUGAGGAAAAUGGUAGCCUUUCUGUCUAGCCUUUCAGAAGGACAAGAAGUUGCUUCGGAAGAUGUCUAGGAUCAUAGUCUGUGUUUCUUCUUAGCUGACGUUAAGAAAGAACAUGAGUGCUUUGUGAUUGCUCAAGGGGAAGGCUGUAAGCAAAAGAUAGCUCUUACCAUGUUGUGGUAAGCUGCAGUGUAAGCAUUUAUGUUCUGACUGCUAAUUUAUACAUCUCACUGUUUAUGUGAAGCUCUGUAUAUGUGCGCUGUGGGGUUUUUUUGUUUGUUUUGCUUUUAUUUUUUGUAACARUGUAUCUUUGCAGAUUCUGACACCAAAUACUCUUUGAAUCUUGUUUGCGAGCAGUUGCAUUGCAAUUGUGGAUGAGUAAUACUUUUGUAUUACUUAUAAAUCAGUUGGCUUUGGAGUUUUCUGUUUGUUUGCUUAGAAUAAAUACACGCAUGCAAAGCAA